AAAUAUAAUCUGUAAUUUCAUCUUUUUUUUUCGUUUCUUCAUCUUGAUUUGUUUUGGUCACGGUAUUAAAAGUAAAAAGCGGAAAACGGAUUCUGCUCACUUGUUUUUCGGGCAACGAAUUUCGCUUGUUUGUCGGAGCUAAAAUUGAAAAGAAGAAAAAAUGGUCAACAACAACAACAAUAACCGCUAUCGAUGUUUACCGAAUUCUAAUCAUGAUAAUGUAGCAGAAGAAGAUAAUGAUGAUAUCGGUGAUAAUGAUGAUGAAUACCACCACCAUCAUCAUGAAUUACCGGAUUCAAAACUUUCAAAUGAUCCAUUCAUUAAUAAUGUUGAUGAUGAUAACAGUAAUAACCGAGGCGAACAAAGACGUCGACGACAAUCAGAACGACCACCAGAAUCCAAUCAUUCGAAUCGUAGUGGUCAAACAAUAAGUAAUAACGAUAAUAGUAGUAGUAGCAUAGAUAACAAUAGAUAUCAUCAUUCACAUAAUAUGUAUGGUAUGAAAUUACGUUCGAAUAAAAUUAUUGGAACAACAAAAAAUUCAGCGACAACGACAGUCAUUAUAUCGGAUGAAUCAAAUAAUGUUGAACAUUUGAAAAAUCAACAAUCAAAUGAAGAAUCAGAAUCCAAUUCUUUUUCCAAAACAAUUAUCAAUUCAACAAUAAAUGAUGGUAUGAUUACUAUUGAUGAUAAUUUAUCUUGUGAUAAUGAUGGUAAUGAUGAUGGCGAUGGAAAGGUAAACGAAGAAAUUCCAAAAUCAUCAUCAUCAAAAAAUUCUUUUGAAUGUUUGGAAAACAAUCCCUGUAAACGUAAAGAACAACAAACAACAACGCAAGAAUAUUCCAAUCAAAAUAAACGUCGCCGAUUAAGGCGUCCAAUAUGGGAUUCAACAACAAAUUCUUCCAAUCAUCAGCAUGAACAACAACAACAAUCCUCCAAUGAUUUUUAUGUAAACCAUUCCGAACAACAACAACAACAAAUUAUCGACGAAAACAUUGAUCAUCAUCAUCAUCAACGAAUAACGACAAGUCCAAUGAAUAUUUGUCAAUCAUCAAAUGAUUCGGAUAGUGGUUGUAUGAGUAGUAGUUGUUAUGGUGAAUCAAUACAAUCACCAUCAACACCCCCACCUCUACCAUCAUUAUCAUCACAGCAAUUAUCAACAAUGGAAUCAUUGAAUAGUGAUAAUGAUGAUGGUGGAACAUUAUCAUCAUCACAACAACAACAACAACAACGACAACGAACACCACCAUCAACAUAUGAUCCGAAUGGAUUUGGUGUUAUUGAAGAUCAACCAGAACAAAAUGUUAAUGAAUGUCGUGAACAAGAUGAUGAACCAAAUAAAAUCUUUGUCGGUGGACUGCCAUGGGAUACGACUGAAUAUGAUCUUGAAUAUUAUUUCAGUCAUUUUGGUAAAGUUACCGAAAUCAAUAUUAAAUAUGAUCCAAUGUCAUGUUUAACUAGGGGAUUUUGUUUUGUUACAUUUCAAUCGGAAGAUAUUGUUCGUCAAAUAUUACGUAAACCUGUACAUAUUAUAAAAGGUAAAAUUAUUGAAUUAAAACGUGCAAAAUAUAGACCAAUUUGUAAGAAAAUAUUUGUUGGUGGUUUGGAUCCAUUGAUCACUGAACAAGAUAUUCGUACAUAUUUUUCACAAUAUGGAACGGUAAUCGCAAUCGAAUCACCAAAAGAUAAAAUACGUAAUCGUAAACGUGAAUUUUGUUUUAUUGUAUUCGACAGUGAAAUGGCUGUUGAUCGUGCUUGUUUUUAUCCUCGGCAAUUUAUUAUCAAUCGUAUUUGUGAUGUAAAAAAAGCCCAACCACAACCAAUUUGUUAUCAACAAAAACGUAUGGCUGCAAGUGCUGGUUUAGAUCAAACACUUAGUACAGCACAUUUGACUAAAAUUCUUCUUAAUGAUAAUGGACGUGUAGCAGCUGCUUCAAAUCAGGCAGAUAACAUUACUACCACCAAUGCAACAAAUUCAUUAUCAAAUCAAUUGAAUCCAGUAUUGGCAACACCAUUGGGAGGAACUAUUCUUUAUUUUCAACCAUUUCAUUCUGCACGUAUUCAACAACAAGCAUCAGCUACAUCUAAUAGUUUUAAUUCACAAUUUCGGCCAAUAACAACGACAACAACGAAUAAUAGAUUACCACAAACACCAACAACAACAACAAUGCCUUUCAAUAUUCCAUAUGGUCAGAAUCAUUCAUCAGGAUUAUAUUCACCACUGUAUGCUUCGAUAACAUCACCGCAUAUAGCUUAUCCACAACAUCCAGGUUUGAUUGCUACAGGAACAGCAGUGGCUAAUGGAAGUCAUGCAAAUCAUUCACCAUCAACAAAUUCAUUAAUCGAUCCAAAUAAUAUAGCUGAUUAUUAUCUAAAUUAUUAUGCUCAAACAGCAGCCUUUUAUGCCCAACAACAACAACAACAUCAGAAUAAUAUUGAAUCAUUUGCAACCAGAUUGCCAGCGAAUCCAUCAACAACAAUGGCCUUUAUAUCAUCUUCAUCAUCAUCAUCAUCAUCGUCAUCAUUAUCAUCAAAUACAUCAUCAACAAUAGCCGAAUCUACCAUUAUCAACGAAUCGAAUACAAAAUCAUCAUCAUCAACAUCGAACAACAUUCAACAUUAUAAAUCAUGUUUUCAUCAUACAAAUCCAAUUAUUGGCAAACCACUUUCUUCCACAUUACCAUAUUCCACUAAUCCAAUAAUGUUGGCAGCUUCUUUUCCAACAAGAAUAGCUUCUUAUCCACCACCACCACCUCCACCGCAUCCACUUAUCUUUGAUGGAACAACAAAUCCAUCUAAUAAUCUUUCAAUAAUCGAUCAAAAUUGAUCCAUGAAAUUAAAAAACAUGUGAUCUCAUCAUCAUCAUCAUCUGAAACAUUUCAAUCAAUCAAUCAAUCAAUUUGCCCUUAUACAUAGAGAAUACACGU